AUGACUUAUCCAGUAGCCAGUAGCAUCAUCUUCCCAGCCUGGAGUAGCCAGUAGUAUCAACUCCCCAGUAGCCAGUAGCAUCACUACCCCAUGAGCCAGUAGCAUCACCUCCCCAUUAGCCAGUAGCAUCACCUCCCCAGUAGCCAGUAGCAUCACCUCCCCAGUAGCCAGUAGCAUCACCACCCCAGUAGCAUCACCUCCCCAGUAGCCAGUAACAUCCCCUCCUCAGUAGCCAGUAGCAUCACCUACCAAUUAGCCAGUAGCAUCACCUCCCCAGUAGCCAGUAGCAUGACUUCCCCAGUAGCCAGUAGCAUCAUCUUCCCAGCCUGGAGUAGCCAGUAGUAUCAAUUCCCCAGUAGCCAGUAGCAUAACUUCCCCAUUAGCCAUUAGAAUCACCUCCCCAUUAGCCAGUAGCAUCACCUCCCCAGUAGCCAGUAGCAUCACCUCCCCAGUAGCAUCACCUCCUCAGUAGCCAGUAACAUCCCCUCCUCAGUAGCCAGUAGCAUCACCUACCAAUUAGCCAGUAGCAUCACCUACCAAUUAGCCAGUAGCAUCACCUCCCCAGUAGCCAGUAGCAUGACUUCCCCAGUAGCCAGUAGCAUCAUCUUCCCAGCCUGGAGUAGCCAGUUGUAUCAACUCCCCCAGUAGCCAGUAGCAUAACUUCCCCAUUAGCCAGUAGAAUCACCUCCCCAUUAGCCAGUAGCAUCACCUCCCCAGUAGCCAGUAGCAUCACCUCCCCAGUAGCCAGUAGCAUCACCUCCCCAGUAGCAUCACCUCCCCAGUAGCCAGUAACAUCCCCUCCUCAGUAGCCAGUAGCAUCACCUACCAAUUAGCCAGUAGCAUCACCUCCCCAGUAGCCAGUAGCAUGACUUCCACAGUAACCAGUAGCAUCAUCUUCCCAGCCUGGAGUAGCCAGUAGUGUCAACUCCCCAGUAGCCAGUAACAUCACCUCCCCAGUAGCCAGUAGUAUCACCUCCCCAGUAGCCAGUAGCAUCACCUCCUCAGUAGCCAGAAGCAUCACCUCCCCAUUAGCCAGAACCAUCACCUCUCCAGUAGCCAGUAGCAUCACCUCCCCAGUAGCCAGUAGCAUCACCUCCCCAAUAGUCAGUAUAUCACCUCCCCAGCAGCCAGUAACAUCACCUCCCCAGUAGCCAGUAGCAUCACCUCCUCAGUAGCCAGUAGCAUCACCCCCCCAGUAGCCAGUAGAAUCACCUCCCCAGUAGCCAGUAGCAUCACCUACCCAUUAGCCAGUAGCAUCACUUCCCCAGUAGCCAGUAGCAUCACCUCCCCAGUAGCCAGUAGCAUCACCUCCCCAGUAGCAUCACCUCUUCAGUAGCCAGUAGCAUCACCUCCCCAUUAGCCAGUAGCAUCACCUCCCCAUUAGCCAGUAGCAUCACCUCCUCAGUAGCCAGAAGCAUCACCUCCCCAUUAGCCAGUAGCAUCACCUCCCCAUUAGCCAGUAGCAUCACCUCCCCAGUAGCCAGUAGCAUCCCCCCCCAUUAGCCAGUAGCAUCACCUCCCCAUUAGCCAGUAGCAUCACCUCCCCAGUAGCCAGUAGCAUCACCUGCCCAGUAGCCAGUAGCAUCACCUCCCCAGUAGCCAGUAGCUUCACCUCCCCAGCCUGGAGUAGCCAGUAGCAUCACCUCCCUAGUAGCCAGUAGCAUCACCUCCCCAGUAGCCAGUAGCAUCCCCUCCCCAGUAGCCAGUAGCAUCAACCUCAUUCAGUAGCCAGUACCAUCAUCUCUUCAGUAGCCAGUAGCAUCACCUCCCCAGUAGCCGGUAGCAUCACCUCCCCAGUAGCCAGUAGCAUCACCUCCCCAGCAGCCAGUAGCAUCACCUCCCCAGUAGCCAGUAGCAUCACCUCCUCAGAGCCAGUAGCAUCCACCUCCCCAGUAGCAUCACCUCCCCAGUAGCCAGUAGCAUCACUCACCCAUGAUCCCUCUUCAGUAGCCAGUAGCAUCACCCCCCAGGCCAGUAGCAUCACCUCCCCAUAGCCAGUAGCAUCACCUCCUCAGUAGCCAGUAACAUCACCUCCCCAUAACAGUGCAUCACCUCACCCUUAGCCAGUAGCAUCACCUCCCAUUAGCAGUAGCAUCACCUCCACAGUAGCCAGUAGAUCACUCCUCAGUAGCCGAGCAUCACCUCCCCAUUAGCCAGUAGCAUCACUCCCCAUUAGCCAGUAGCAUCACCUCCCAGUAGCCAGUAGGCAUCCCCUCCCCAUUAGCCAGUAGCAUCACCUCCCAUUAGCCAGUAGCAUCACCUCCCCAGUAGCCAUGAGCAUCACUCUCGGCCCAGUAGCAUCACCUCCCCAGUAGCCAGUAGCUUCACCUCCCCAGCCUGGAGUAGCCAGUAGCAUCACCUCCCUAGUAGCCAGUAGCAUCACCUCCCCAGUAGCCAGUAGCAUCCCCUCCCCAGUAGCCAGUAGCAUCACCUCUUCAGUAGCCAGUAGCAUCAUCUCUUCAGUAGCCAGUAGCAUCACCUCCCCAGUAGCCGGUAGCAUCACCUCCCCAGUAGCCAGUAGAAUCACAUCCCCAGCAGCCAGUAGCAUCACCUCCCCAGUAGCCAGUAGUAUCACCUCCUCAGUAGCCAGUAGCAUCACCUCCCCAGUAGCAUCACCUCCCCAGUAGCCAGUAAUAUCACCUCCUCAGUAGCCAGUAGCAUCACCUCCCCAGUAGCAUCCCCUUCCCGGUAGCCACUAUCAUCACCACCCCAGUAGCCAGUAGCUUCACCUCCCUGUAGCCAGUAGCAUCACCUCCCCAGCCUGGAGUAGCCAGUAGCAUCACCUCCCUAGUAGCCAGUAGCAUCACCUCCCCAGCCUGGAGUAGCCAGUAGCAUCAUCUCCCCAGUAGCCAGUAGCAUCACCUCCCCAGCCUGGAGUAGCCAGUAGCAUAUUAAAUUCAUAAAGUACACAAUGGAUUUCAAAACAACUGAUCUGACUCCACAGCAGAGCCCAACACUAAAAUUUUAAAUCUACUAUCUACUGCUGGUGGUAUUCAGCCAUGAUUGCCACAAGUUCAGAUAUCUGGAUAGAUAUAUUUACCAAUCAAAAAAAAUAAAUGCUGACAUCGCUAAUUGAGUGACUGUCAGUGACUGACAUAACAGGAGAAAAAUUACUGAUGCACAACCAAAUUUCAAGCGUUCUGAGUUCCUAGGUUAUAAGCGACCACUGUAUGUCGCUUAUGCCUGGAGCCGGCCCUGCCAGCACAUGGCCAAACCAAAACCAACCACUGUCUCUCUCUCUCGCCAACCAAACGAUGCUGGAUGUCUCUACAGCUGUGCAGAUGAGAUGGGAAAGUGACUGAAAUUAACUAAGAAAAGCAGAUAUUAUUUACAUCAUUUAGCAGACGCUCUUAUCCAGAGCGACUUACAGUUAGUGAGUGCAUAAUUUUUUUUUUUCAUACUGGUCCCCCGUGGGAAUCAAACCCACAACCCUGGCAUUGCAAGCGCCAUGCUCUACCAACUGAGCUACACGGGACACUAUCACUUGAAUGGUCAGACGCGGUUGAUACAGAGAUACUGUACAGAGCAGAGGAGAGUUAUUUGUUGACUGGCAGAUUGUCAUUUUCUGUCUGCACAAUUGGUGAACAGCAAAGAAUGAUGACUAAGAAGGGAGAGGGGGAAAGGCUGCUUAUUUAAGAGGCUCUAAUAACCCUAAGAACAAAUGAGGUGCCAGUUUUCAGUAGAAAUAUAUCUGAGAUUUCAUACAAAGUCCAGGUCAGGUUAGUGCAGUAAGAUACUCUGACCCAGUUUCUCGCAGAGCUCCUGGUGGACUAAUACAAUCUGAGAGAGAGGGAGAGACAAAUGGACUGUGUGCAUAUUGUGUGUUUGUGGGCGUGUGUGUGUGUUUGUGGGCGUGUGUGUGUGUGUGUCUGUCUGUGUGUCUGUCUGUGUGUUUGUGAUGGUCCAAGUGAACAUAUGUGUGUGCCUGACUAUGAAUAUUCUCUUCUGAUGGGGAAUUUUAGCAAGUAGCUCAUCAUUCAGAAUGACCUCUAACACAAAUCGCCUGUCAGAGCCGUUUUGGGUUGAAGUGCUCCUGUGUGGGAAAGUUUUUCACUCCACAGAUAGACCAUGUGUCCUCUGCUCAAGUCCUUCCUAACGUGGAUGUACAGCAUUAUUCUUCUAAUGUGGAUGUACAGUAUUAUUCUUCCUAAUGUGGAUGUACAGGUUUGGAUGCCGUGAUGUGUCCCUCCCCCCUCCCUGUGUGUGUGUGUGUGUGUGUGUGUGUGUGUGUGUGUGUGUGUGUGUGUGUGUGUGUGUGUGUGUGUGUUGGAUCUCCAGCUCCACUGUAAUGGGGAAAGUCCACAGCAGGACUCCUGGCAGAAUCUCUGCCCCACGAGGAUGACCUAGGAACUGAACACUUGUUAGCUGCAUUGUGAAACCAGGACCUGGCUCUGAAAACAGACCACUAUAUGAGAUGUAUCUCUACCCCCCCAGUAUGUACCUCAGUGGUAACCUGUAUACUCUGGGCUAUGGUACCUCCCCUGAUGUUAUUCUCUCUCUCCUCCUCCCCCUCCUCCUCCUCUACACAGGGUGCUGAAGGAGUACCUGGGGGAAAAGGAGGUGGAGCUGUCCUUAACCUUCGACGCGGUGGAGGAGACGGACCUGGGAAACUACACCUGCUAUGUGGAGAACCACAUUGGACGGAGGAGCGGCAGCGUCAUCUUGCAGAAGAAAGGUAGGCCAGGCCUCAACACCAUUGCUGUCUGCUAAUGCUACUGCUAUGACAACAACACUUUAGGCAAACAGAUUAUGGGUAAUGUCUCCCAGGGCAUAAUACUGUUUGCCAAUUUGGGCACUGACUAAUUUAAAACCCAUUUCUUCACUUGUCUAAUACUCAGUGUCAUGCUAUAUGCCUCCCACAAUCUGUAUGACUGUUGUAAGGAGCCUGGCUAAACUCAGAUAUAUAGAGAGAGAGAAAUAAAUUUAGGAAGAGAUCGUAUUGAGAUAGGUAUAGAUCUAUAGGUAGGUACUGAAAGAGCAUGAAUUUGCAGAGAGCAGAGUUUGAUCCCCUUUUCUCUUUGUCUUGGUAGGGCAGAUCUGAUCGAGUCACAGCUUUAUAAGUGUAUUUUAAACCAGGUUUUGUCUGAGAGCAAAUUUAUGUUUCAUAGCUUCAGCGCAAUAAAAAACUACAGCCAUGAAUAGCCUGCCCUCACAAAUCGCAUUUUCACACAUGAAACCAUAUUUUUACAUGUAUUACAUUUACAGUUCGCAUGUUAACACCACCUUUUCACAUGUGAGGACAAUAUCAUGUUUUCACCCUACAUGUGAAUUGUAGUUUCACAUGUUAAAAACAUUCAAGUGAAAAUCACAUUUGCAGUUUCACGUGUAAAAGAUCUCCACAUGAAAAACAUUCAAAUGUGAAAAUCACAUUUUCAGUUUCAAAUGUGUGAACUUGUAAUUCCACUUGUGAAAGUGAAAAUCUAAUUUGCAGUUUCACUUGUAAGAAAACUCCAACUGUGAAAAUCUCACUUUGUGGGGUUGAAAUAAUGUUAUUCUCCUCACAUCUGAAACGAUGGUGUUAACAUGUUGCAGUAGCAAUGUUUCCACUGGUGGAAUUAGGGUGACCGCAUCCAAAAAGCCCAAAUGUGGGACAAGGGAACAAUUUUGCAGGACAUUCGCAGAACCGUUGACAGAAUACAAUUUUGGGGGGCAGGUUAAUGGAUGAUAGUUCUGCUGUAUGAAGGUCACUGCCUGUUAAAGGGGAAAUCCGUAGUUGCUACAUCAAUUUUUGGACUUAUAAAUUAAUGAUUCUUGAAGAAUAUAACUUAUAAAUGCCUCAUGAGCUUAGUUCAACUGUCGUACCCCAUCAGAACCCAAAAUAUACAGUUAGCUUGUUUUACUCCAAUGUUUGUAAACAAAGUAAAUGUAAACAACCACUGUAUAGCCUAAAAACAUGGUUAAAACUAUCAUUUUGAUUUCAUGGAUGGUCGGUCCUUGCAUCCAUGGAUUUGAGAGUGGUUGCAUUUCUCCAGCCAUAUCCCCACAGCUUUUUACUUAAACUGUGGCGGGGAGUAAUAGUGUAAUUUAGUAAUAGUGUUAUUAUAUGGUGCAAUCCUCUAGCGAGCAUUUGUGCCAUUAAUAUCAAACAAAACUUCUGAAGUCUAGAACAAAUUCUUAGUAUUGCAAACAAAAAUAAUGAUGUUGAAAGCAAAACAUAAACCCAAAAGUAUUGAGAGCAAAACAAAAUAUUGCAAGGAAAUCAUUUCGAAAUGCGAGAAAAAAAUGAAUUGUAAACGUAUGCUAAAAAAUAUAUUUCUGUGAUUUUUUUUUUAUGAUAACGUGAUUAAAUAAAACAUCUCCUUCUUUCCUGCAGUUUUCCCUAUCUUUGGUUGUUACCCUUUGCUUUCGCUGCUUUUUUUCCAGUUGCACAUUUUGAUUUAUUCAUUCCAGCAACAUACAGUAGCACUCUGCAUCCCACAGCUGGUUUGCCUCUGAAGCUAAGCCUGGUCGGUCCCUGAACAGGAGACCAGAUGUAGCUGGAUGUGCUGAUUUAGUUUUUGUGAAAAAUGUGCGUGAAUAAAUGAUCACGUGCAGAUAUAUAUAUUUGUUCAACGAUGGAAAAACACGUGACAAACGUACAUGUUGUUUUGUGCUAUUUUUUUCAUGUGUCUUUUUCAUGUUUUUUUUGUCAGGGUGCUGCAUACAGGUGUAGGAUCUUAGUUUGAUCACCCUGUUGCAGCAGAACUUUCCUGCAAAGCAGGAAAUGUACAACAUGUUUGUAAUUUCCACUUACAAAUUUCAGACUUGAUUUUCCCUUACAAAAAUGUCCAUUAAUUAUAAUCCACAUAAUAAUUCAAAUUUCCUGCUGUAGCAAAAUGGCUCAAAUUAAGAUCCUACAUCUGUAUGCACCAACAAAGUAUUGUAGUAGGUCACAAAGGUGUCACAAACGUUGAAGAACGGGUCAGACCAAGGUGCAGCGUGGUAUGCGAACAUGUUUAUUAAACUGGAUAAACACUAGACAAAAUAACAAACUCAACGAAACCGUGAAGUCCUAUGGGCUAUACACGAAACAAGCCUACACGGAACAAGAUCCCACAAACAAGGACUGCAACCAGGCUACUUAAGUAUGAUCCCUAAUCAGAGACAACGAGCGACAGCUGCCUCUGAUUGGGAAUCAUACCCGGCCAAACAUAGACGUAUAACAACUAGACUCUAAACAUAGAUAUACAACAACAUAGAACUAAACAUGCACACCCUGACCAAACUAACUAGAGUUCUAGAGGUCAUCAGUUUAGUUCAGUUGAGGUUUCUCUAUGAAACAUUAAAGCAGUUGUAUACAAUUUUUUAAAACAUUACAAUACAUUUCACAACACAUUAAGUGUGUGCCCUCAGGCCACUACUCUAAUAACACAUAUCUACAACACAAAAUCCAUGUGGACAUGUGUGUGUAUAGUGCAUAUGUUACCGUGUGUGUGUGUGUGCGUGUGUGUGCGUGUGUGUGUGUAUACGUGUGUCUGUGCCUGUGUGUGUGUCUCUUCAUAGUCCCUGCUGUUCCAUAAGGGGUAUUUUUAUCUGGGGUUUUUUACUGCUUGCAUGAGUUGGAAUAUAUGUGGAAUAGAAUUCCAUGUAGUCAUGGCUCUAAGUAGUAAUGUGUGCCUCCCAUAGUCUGUUCUAGACUUGGGGACUGUGAAGAGACCGCUGGUGGCAUGUCUUGUGGGUUAUGCAUGGGUGUCUGAGCUGUGUGCUAGUAGUUCAAACAGACAGCUUGGUGCAUUCAACAUAUCAAUACUUUUCACAAAUACAAGUAGUGAUGAAGUCAAGCUCUCCUCUACUUUGAGCGAGGAGAGAUUGAUAUGCAUAUUAUUCAUGUUAGCUCUCCGUGUACAUUUAAGGCCCAGCCGUGCUGCCCUGUUCUGGGCCAGUUGUAAUUUUCAUAAGUCCCUCUUUGUGGCACUUGACCACAAGACUGGACAGUAGUCCAGAUGCGACAAAACUAGGGUCUGUAGGACCUAGGGUCUGUAGGACCUGCCUUAUUAAUAGAUUUGUUAAGCAGUGCUUUAUUAUGGACAGACCUCUCCCCAUCUUAGCUACUGUUGCAUCAAUUUGUUUUGACCAUGACAGUUUAGAAUCCAGGGUUACUCCAAGCAGUUUAGUCUCCUCAACUUGCUCAAUUUCCACAUUAGUGAAUGAUUUGUCCCAAAUACAAUGCUUUUAGUUAUUGAAAUAUUUAGGACUAACUUAUUUCUUGCCACCCUUUCUAAAAUGGCUGCAGCUCUUUGUUAGGUGUAGCAGUGAUUUCACUUGCUGUGCUAGCUGACAUGUAUAAUGUUCAGUCAUUAGCAUACAUAGACACACAGGCUUUGCUCAGAGCCAGUGGCAUGUCAUUAUUAAAGAUUGAAAAAAGUAAGGGGCCUAGACAGCUGCCCUGGGGAAUGCCUGACUCUACCUGGAUUAUGUUGUAGAGGCUUCCAUUAAAGAACACCCUCUGUGUUCUGUUAGACAGGUAACUCUCAAUCCACAAUAUAGCAGGGGAUGUAAAGCCAUAACACAAGUUUUUCAAGCAGCAGAUUAUUUAUUAUCGAUAAUUUCAAAAGCUGCACUGAAGUCUAACAAAACAGCUCCCACAAUCUUUUAAUUAUAAAUUUUUCUCAGCCAAUCAUCAGUCAUUUGUGUAAGUGCUGUACAUGUUGAAUGUCCUUCCCUAUAAGCGUGCUGAAAAUCUGUUGUUAACUUGUUUACUGUGAAAUAGCAUUGUGUCUGGUCAAACAAUUAUUUUCCCAAAAGUUUACUAAGGGUUGGGAACAGGCUGAUUGGUCGGCUAUUUGAACCAGUAAAGGGGGCUUUGCUAUUAUUGGGUAGCAUAAUGACUUAUGCUUCCCACCAGGCCUGAGGGCACACAAUUUCCUGUAGGCUUAGAUUGAAGAGAUGGAAAAUAGGAGUGGCAAUGUCAUCCGCUAUCGUCCUCAGUAAUUUUCCAUCCAAGUUGCCAGACCCCGGUAGCUUGUCAUUGUUAAUAGACAACAAUCAUUUUUUCAACUCUUGCACACUCACUUUACGUAAUUCAAAAUUACAGUGCUUGUCUUUCAUAAUAUGGUCAGUUAUGAAUGGAUGUGUAGGUUCAGCAUGUGCUGAUCUUGCCAAUGAAAAAAUUAUUAAAGUAGUUGCCAAUAUCAGUGGGUUUUGUGAUGAAUGAGCCGAGUUGUCCUUUUUGCCCAAAAUGUCAUUUCAGGUGCUCCAAAGCUUUUUACUAUAAUUCUUUAUAUCAUUUAUCUUUUUUUCAUAGUACAGUAGUUAAUGGCAAUGGAAUCCUCUUGAAUGGUACAACUGCAGCUGAAUGGUGAUUUCACAGGGAUGGCUGCAGGGCCUUCGUAAAGCAUCUCAGACUAGGAGUGCUGAUCUAGGAGCAGUUUUGCCUUUUAGAUCAUAAUGAAUAAGAUUACAAGGACAGGGGGGACCUGAUCCUAGAUCAGCACUCCUACUCUGAGAGGCUUUAUGAAUACAGGCCCAGAUUGUGGUUUAGCUCAGUAUCCUUGUAUGGUCUAUGGAUUUCUUAUACAGUACAUAUGGUAACAUUACCUAUUUUGAUCAACAAAAUGAUUAAGGAAAUGGCAUCAUCACUCUCUUCCUAAAGGUUUUAUGAUGAUUUCACAGAUGAGUACGUUCUCACACCAACCUACCAAGUAACAAAGUGAUGUGUGUCAGUGACGAGUGGCCUGACAGAUUGUGUAAUGUAUGACGGAUGCAGGAUGAGAAAUUAUGCUGCUAUCAUCUGGAGUGACUGCAGCUAAGAUUUAUGGCUCGUAUUUGGUGAAUGGCAGCGGGGCAAACAUGAAGGAUUAUAGCUAGUUUUGCGACCCCCAGCCCCUUUCAUACACACACAAACACGUUCAAUAAUGUGUGUGAAAGCAUACAGUGAAAACACAUUCCCAUAUCUCCCUCUUUAUGCUAUGUUUAUGUAAAUUAGAGUUCCUCACAGAGCAUUGGGAAAUGACUAAACCCUAAAGGGCCCAAAGAACUCUGAACGAAAGCUUCUGUUGACAGAGCAAAAAAAACACUCUUAAGUAGAAAGAUACAGAGGAAUUGUGAUGGGUAAUGUUAGUGUUGUGGCUGUUUAGCUGUUCCUCCUCAGUCCUUCAUAUCUUUCUCUGUAUGUAUCUAUCUCCUGUACCAGACAUGUACAGGCUAGAGCUGGCUGGUGGACUGGGAGCCAUCCUGCUGCUACUGGGAGUCUUCACGGCCAUCUACAAGUGCUACAACGUGGAGAUCAUGCUGUGCUACCGGAGGCACUUUGGGAGUGACGAGACAGAGGACGGUGAGUGUGUGUCACCUGGUGCUGGGCUGGGCGUGUCCUACAUGGCCAGCUCUGGGCCUAUAGCCCUCCCUGAGAGCCAGUGUGAGUCUGUGAGCAGGAAAAAGGUCAGUCACAGCUCUCAGCGGCCCGGAGACUGUGACAGAAGCCGUUUUCUCACCGUAUUAAGCAUUCACCCAAGAGAAAAUGAUGUGCUUGAAAUUCAUGACAACUACAGCCGGUGCUCUGACCCUUAUUUUAGCAACACAUGCUGUAUUCAGAAUAAGUUCCCAUUCUGGCCACUUAUCCCAUAGUUGUCUGUAUCCAUACUGCUUUGUUUUAGGAUUUAAGUUUAACAAUUUUAUGACAUGGUUGUCACCUUCUAGGAUAGAGCCCCUUGCUAUACAUUCACAAUAGAGACAUCUUUUUGUUGUUAAACAACUAUGUCAUGUCAUACUCACAUUCAUCUAGAAUUCGCAUUUGAUAACAAAACACAGUCUCUCUGUCUUUGGUCUCUUCACCCACAGACAACAAGGACUAUGAUGCCUAUUUGUCCUACACCAGAGUGGAGCUGGAUUCUGUGGACAGGAGCUCCAGUGAAGAGGAGCAGUUUGCUCUGGAGAUCCUCCCAGAUGUUCUGGAGAAACACUACGGAUACAAGCUCUUCAUCCCCGACCGGGACCUCAUCCCCAGCAGUCACAGC